CGAUGCUGACGAAGAAAAGGAACGCAAGAAGAAAGAAGACGAAGAAAGGAAGCAACGAGAGAAGGAGGAGGAAGAGAGAAGGCAAAAGGAGAAGCAAGAAAGGGAGGUUUUCCAGAAAGAGAUGAAAGUCACAAUGGCAACCGAGCUAAGCGCGGUUCGUAAAGCCUUGGCUGGGAAGCAAGAGAAGGAUAACGUAGCGAUUGAGAAAUUACGAACGGAGGUGGAGGAAAUUCGUCGUGGCACGGCAUCGACAUCGACGGCACGUGCACACGCGAUGAACGAACUAGAUUUUGAGACGGUGGAGAAGAUGCAACAAAACCAGGAGAAGAUGAAGAAAGAACAGGAAGACAUGCAUACUAGGCUAUUAUUGAUGGUGAGUGCUGCAGCGGGACGGGCGGAGGCUGCUGAACGAGAAGCCGUUGCGUGGAGGCUUGAGGCCAACAGGCCGGGGAACAAACGCGGCAGUAUCAUGAUAAUUGAGACACCGGUGGCAACGACACGGGUGCGAGCGCGAAUGACACCUCAGAAGUCACCGGCAGCGGCACCGAAUGGAGAUUAUCAAGAGAUCAUGAAGAGACACGCUGAAGAAGUGGAAUGCAUGAAAGUGAUGAGAUUGAAAGAGCUGAACGGAAGGAGGCAAGCAGAGCAGGAGGUUGAAAGACUGAAAGAAGAGAUAGCACGAUUGGAAACGGCAAGGAAGAGGGAGCGUAUGUCGGGUAUAAACCUUCGACAAAAAUUGGAUGAGGUGGGCGCUGCUACAGCAAGAAAAACUACAACGGGGAAGGAAAAAAUGGUCAUGACAAAUGAAGAACCGAUCCCGAAAGACAACGACAAGGAGGGAUUUACGAAAGAAUGUUGGAAAAUGCUCCAGGUCAUGAAUAUGGAAGAUACCAAGAAAGAAUGUGCCAAGGAGGGGGUAACUUACACUACUCUCGAAGCAACCAAGAAGGAGAUUCUGCCAAAAAAAGUAGCUAGGGCCUUCCCGGAAGACAAAGGUAAGGGUAUAGCAGUGCAUGAGAUAGAAGAUGAUACUCGUGUUUCGGACGACACGACUGACGAGCAAGUCUCCGACUCCUCUUAGUGUCAAUUCCGAACGCGGAUGGUUUAUGGAAAUUAGCUCACUGUCUUUGUAAGACUCG